GUAAUGAGUUACACAUCAAUCACGAAAACCAGUGAAGUGUCAGAUUCAGAUAGCGAAGAAUGUUAUCCAACCCGAGGACACCGCUAUAAUACUCGCUAUUCGUCUAAAAAUUCCAAUGCUGAAAAAUCAGUUUCCAACAAAACAUCCAACAAACGAAAUAAAGCACAAAAUUUAAAUUACAAUAAAUCAAACAGACUAGAAAAUCCACCUAUAUUGGACGAAGACGAACCUGCGAUGGACUAUUGCUUCGAUCCUUGCCCUGAACCACCCAGAAGAAAAAAAAGAAGUUCAUGGUGCUCAUACUUUUUAACAAGUUUUUAUCUUCUGCUGAUCGGAGGAAUGUUUUUUGUUAUCUACUCUCAGUAUGUAAUGGACAGCGAAAUAAAAAAACUCAAGGGAGAAGUAGACAAAAUAACAGGCGUCCACAAAAAAGAAGACCCUCAUGCCAAGUUAUCGAAAGAGCUGGAUAAAAAGUGCAGCGAUACAUUAAAACUUUUGUUGAAAGAUCCUGUGGGUAGGCCGGACUUUGCUUUAGAAUCUAGCGGUGGACGAGUAAUCAGUGUCGAUACUGUUCCCUUCUCAAACCCGAAGACAUUUCUGGGAUUCAGUAUUUGCGAAGGUGAUCACGGCCCAUCGUCCAUGAUACAAGCGACAACAUCUCCUGGUGAAUGUUGGGCAUUUAAAGGAAGUAAUGGCAAGGCUGUCAUAGAACUAAUCGAUAAUUUACUGAUCGACUCAGUCACUUUAGAACACAUUCCUCAAACUAUUUCCCCAAGUGGCAAAAUUGAUACUGCACCGAAGGAUUUUAAAAUAUGGGGUUUGGAUCAACCUAAUGGAAACAAACGAUUACUAGGGCAAUUCAAGUAUGAAAGCGACGCUAGUACAGUACAAACUUUUCAUAUAAACAAUGACUCUGCCUAUUACAAGUACGUUGAGUUUGAAGUGAUUUCUAACCACGGCAACCCAGAAUUUACUUGUGUAUACAGGUUGCGUGUACAUGGAACAGCGAAGAAUUUUUCCUAAGGCCGUUAGACAGUAAGAAUGUAAAGACUGUUUUUGCCAUUAAUAAAAUCUAAUACCUACUUCAUUUACUUAACUUUAUAGAUGUUACAGUGAAAAUCAAAAAUCAGUGAUUGUGCUUUUACUAA